AUCUAUCGCCUCGUGUGGCUCAACAAGUGAUUCCGUUAAAAUUCACAUUAAAUCGUCUUUUAGAAAUUCCAUUUUAUUCACAUUUCGAAAAAAAAAAUGCCAAAAGCUUGUAAUAUUGAGGCGACUGACGAUUUAACUGUGAAUUUCGAUGAAUCGCGUACGAAACAAUACUUUAAAAUAAUUUUAUCGAACAAAGGUAAGCGUGAUCUGAAAGUGAAUAAAGUAAUUAGUUACGUAGAUACGGUAAAAAUCUGUAGUUUCCAUGAAAUAUAUGAAACAAUUGUAGCUGGUCGUGAAAAAGAGUAUUUAUUUGUAGCUGAAUAUCCGAUGAACGAUGCAACCAGUGGCAAAAUUCGCUUUUCUUUUCUAGACAAUACUGACUUGACGCGCACUGUUACAUUUGAUCGCAAUCGUUCGGCGAACAAUGGCAACGACAUCGAAGCCAAAACUGAUGAGAUUCCACAAGCCACAUGUUCGGAUGAUAUUGUGGAUGUGAGAAAAAGUUAUGCCGUUGACGUUUCGGACAAUCUAUCGAUUGAAUUUGAUCGAACACUGUUUGACAAAUCAAUCGAGGUGGUCGUUCGGAACAACACAUGGCAUAAUCUUGAAUUAAUAUCUACGAUUAUAACGCCAAACUCGAAAUUGCGACGUGUCGAAAGCGAUGAAAACAUCUGUAUCGAACCAAGAGGCGAGAUUGCUCUUCAUUUUGAAGCUAGCUUUGUGCCGAAUAAAAUGCAUUCACUUGUCAAAGUUCGUUUCAUAUUCGUAAUGCUGCAUAAUAGCGUCGAAAGACGGUUCGUCAUCGACAGACAAAUUGGCAUCAUUUAUUGUAGAAAAAAGCGGAUCAUUUCAAAAUAUGACUACGAUAUUCCGGUUGAAUUGGAAACGUUGAUAUUUAAUGAAAGAACGAAGAAUGCAGCCGAAGUACUUGGUAAACUUGAUUCGUGGGUGCCAGAUGUUCAACGAAAUUAUGCCGAACAUUUUCAUACGCUGUUGUUUCUGGAUGAAAUCCAUCUUAAGAAGGAGAUAUGGGAAAAGUAUAAUAAAUAUCGUGCACAAUUUGGGGAUAAGGAAUAUCGGCGCGAAGAUGGUAUCGACAUCAGAACACCAUAUGAAAAAGGUAUUUAUGAUCUCAGCGUGUACGAGUUAUUUGAAACACGUCCAUCUCUUCAAGUGGGUGACAAAUUAACCGCGCGUAAACAUUCGGAUCUGAAAAUCGCAUAUGAAGGGGUCAUAAUUGAAUUAAAAAAAGAUGACUUACUUCUGGUGCAAUUUAAUGAUGAUUUUGUUCAAACGUUCGAUUUCGGUGAUUAUUAUGUGCAAUUUUUUUUCUCGCGUUUGACUUACGUUCGACAACAUUUUGCAAUCGAUUUGGCGGUAGAGUUAUUUGGAAUCGAUUAUCUAAUGCCAAAAGAGAUCAAUUUGCGCGGAAAUCCUUUGAUAAAUAAGCGGAUGCUCAAAGAGGACAAACAACAGGGAUCAGCGAAACAAAGGAAAAGAAUAAGAGAAACAACCGAACACUACUGGUUCAACCAGAACUUGAAUAGCGACCAAAAGAUUGCCGUACUACGGGUACUGCGAGGUGAUUUAUUAUUACCUUACAUCAUCGUUGGACCGCCAGGUACGGGAAAAACGACUGCACUUCUGGAAAUCGUACUUCAAAUUUUUCAUUUGAAAAAAGACAGUAGGAUUUUGAUCGUAACACAAAGCAAUAGCGCUGCUGACCUGAUUGCAACACGCUUAAUUCAGGCAAAUUCGUUCACAACAAGUGAUUUAUUACGAUUAAUAUCAUUCAAAUAUUCUACACGCAACAAGGGAAUUCCGGAAGAAAUUGGUGAGUUUGGUUGCACCAUUGAUGCCUUAGAACCAGAAGCGGUCCGAAAAAGUCUGAAAUUGAUAAAAAUCAAACAAUUUCGCAUUGUCAUCAGUACAUCAAAUACAAUUGCACAUUUAUUGGAACAGUAUGAAUUGCGAAAUUUUUUCACGCAUACAAUUAUCGACGAAGCUGGUCAAUGUACAGAAGUUGAUGUACUCAUACCGAUGGCACUAGUUGGAAAUGGUGGACAAACAAUAAUGGCUGGUGACCCGAUGCAAAUGGCACCAUUGGUCAUUUGCAAACAUGCAAAUGAGCGGGGUCUGGCUAUUUCAAUGCUAAGCCGCUUACGUGAUUGUUAUGACAAUUUCGUUAUUAAUGAUGGACAGGAAGAACGAUAUGGUUCCCAGUUGGUAUCAGAGCUGCUAAAAAAUUACCGCACAUUACCGUCGAUUUUGGACUAUUGCAACAAACAGUUCUACGAAAGUCGAUUGAUUUCGAUGCUCACUAAAAAGAAUUACCCAAGAUAUUACAAUUUGCUUGAACAUUUGGACAGUAUUUUUCCCGGCUAUGAGAGACGUGGCAAGUACGGGAUUCAUUUUAUAAAUGUUGCAAACGGUCGAGACGAAAAAAAGAAGACAUCUUGGUACAAUAUUGAAGAAGUGAAGGCGGUCACAGCACUUGUCGAAAAAAUUAUGAAUAUGGGCAUGGAUCAUGCAGAUAUUGGUAUCAUCACACCGUAUGCGAUGCAAACACGAGCACUCGAAAAUAAAUUGGAAACCGAUUAUCCAGAGAUACGGGUCGGAACUGUUGAAGAUUUUCAAGGAAUCGAACGAAAAGUGGUCAUCAUUUCAACCGUACGGACAUGCAGCAAUAAAGCGAAUAUUGAUGUGUCACGGCGAUUGGGUUUCAUCAAAUGCCCGAAACGAAUUAAUGUGGCAUGUUCACGGGCUAGUGUCAUGGUCAUUGUGGUUGGCAAAGCCGCUUUAUUGGAACACGAUACAAAUUGGAAAGAAUUGAUCGAUGGAUGCAAACAACACAAGACAUUUCGAAACGUUGAAGAUAUUUACUUCAAGAAAAUUGAUUAAGUUGAAUUUAAAGGAAACAAUUGCUCAUUUUUAUUUUGACUGAAAGCACGUAGCGAAUGCAGCAUGUUUACUGAAUUGUAAUAUGAAAUGAAAUGAUUGGCAUG